AUGGACCCGUUCUUCACGAACAGGGUAUACGCUGUCGCUGGUGGAGCGUCAGGCAUCGGCUUGGCUACGUCAAAGGCUCUCCUUCGCUACGGUGCAAGAGUCUCUAUCGGCGACAUCCGCAUCCCAGACAGCCUACUGGCUGAACUGGCUUCGGGGAUCUCAGACUUGAGAAAAGCCGAAGACAUUAUUUUCCUCAAGACUGUCGACGUUCGCUCUCGACACGACGUGGACAGCUGGAUUGAGGAAACGGUGACCAAAUUUUCCUAUCUUGACGGCGCGGCGAAUCUUGCGGGUACAAUUCCCAAGGAUCACAACAUCGGAUCAAUCGAGACGGUGAGUGAUGAGGACUGGGACCUGGUGUUUGGCGUCAAUGUCUACGGCGUCAUGAAUUGUCUUAGGGCGCAGAUGAAGUAUAUCGGCAAAUUUCCUGGCAGGACAGGCGGUAGUGUGGUGAACGCAGGGAGUGGGCUGAGUUUGGCAGGCAGAGAGCGAACGCAUACCUACACGGCAACGAAGCAUGCGGUGCUUGGGUUGACGAGGUGUGUGGCGAGAGAAGUGGGUGAAAGAGGAGUCAGGGUUAAUUGUAUCGCGCCAGGCUUCACCGAGACCCCGUUGAUGAAGCAGUCGCAGUCGAUAGAGGGUUCCGCGUCCAAGGAGGAUUUCUCGACUACGGCGCUAGGGAGAAUGGCGCAGCCUUCUGAGAUUGCGGAUACGAUUGUCUAUUUGCUCAGUGAUAAGGCUACGUUUGUGACGGGCGCUGUGAUUUGUGCGGAUGGAGGUUGGAAUUGCUAG